GGAAGAAUAGAUGAUCUGUAAUGACGAAAUCUACAACUAAAGGCAGUACGGCAGCGAGUCGCUCGCUCAUACUAACGCAGAAGCGUCUCUACACACUGUACUUUCCCGCCUUUGCACACUGUAACGUAAGCGUUGAACCGAAUAGCUAUGGCCUGGUCUUUCACGCGCUUGAACUCAAACCUCGCGAACUGCUGCCGCUGCCGUUCGGUUCCGCGACGCGUUACAAGGUGUGGCGCGAAUGGAGCAUUAAGGCAACGGCUUGUGGUUCGCGCUGGCGCGACAGACACCAACCAAUAUAUCCUUCAAAAUGGCAUGGUGGACUACUACGAGGUCCUUGGGGUGGACGACGAUGCACCUGCUGAUGAGGUUAAGCGCGCGUAUCGCUCUCUAGCAAAGGAAUGCCACCCCGAUUACCUUGGAGAGAAGGGUCAUGAGAUAUGCAUACUCUUAAACGAGUGCGUCAAUGUGCAGGCAUACCAGAUCCUUUCAGACCCAGAUUCACGACAACGGUACAACUUGAGGCUUGAGCAAGCACUAGUCGAUGAGGACGACAACUACACGGGUGAUCCCCUAAGCAAGUGGAUGCCGACGAUUCAGCCCUGCAUGGCAAAGAACACAGACCCUGCGGAGCGGCGGGCGGUAUUCGUGGACGAGUUCACCUGUAUCGGUUGCAAGCAGUGCGUGUGGUCUGCCCCCGCCACCUUCCGUAUCGAGCCGGAGCACGGUCGCUCACGGGUCUUCGCGCAGUGGCUGGACAGCGAGGAGAGCUUGCAGGCGGCGAUUGAUUCCUGCCCCGUCAGCUGCAUCCACUGGGUGGAUAAGGCCCAGCUGCCGGCGCUGGAGUACGUCAUGCAGCACCGCAUGACCCAGCGGGUCAACGUGGGGGUCAUGAUGGCGGGUCAGGGCGCGCAGGCGGAUGUGUUUGAGGCUACCGCGUCAUUCCUCAAGGAGCGACGACGCAAGGAGGAGGCACGCGCGCGGGCGGCGGCUGCGAACAAGUACUACAGCCCGCAGCAGGAGGCAGCGCGCAGGCGUGCCGCUGCCGCGCUGGCCCAGCAGCACCUGGGCUUCUUCGCGCGCUUCGCGAGCGCCUUUGAGGCCGCGCUGUCGGGCGUGAACCAGAUGGUGGCCACCGGGCAGGAGACGGAGGAGCUCAAGCAGGUGGGUCGCCGCAAGCGCUCCUCGCGCACUCGGUGGGACUUCCUGGCCCAGCAGCGCUCCCGGGGGGGCUGGGAGAGGGUGCCGCGGGAGGGGGCGCUGGUGCCCAUUGCGGCGUACGCGGAGUCACGGAGGAGUGAGUGAGGGGAGGGGGGUGAAAAGAGGAACCUGACGAUCGAGGGGGGAGGGGUAAGCGGAAUCAGAGAGGGAGCGAAAGAGGGGUAAGCGGAGGUACGGAGGGAGUAAAUCAGGGAGUGAGCAAGGGAAAGGAAGAAGAUAGCCCGUGCCUUGAACGAUAGUGACUACCCUUGGAGUGUGAGGGAGCGGCAGGAAGAAGCAGAGCGGAACAGGGAUAGGAGCGAGGGAGCCUGGCUGCUGCUAGCAGGUGCUGGCUGGCUGGGCCUGGUGUGUGAUGAGGGGUGUGACAUACAUGCUGCUGGGUUGUGUGGCUGCGGCAUGCGGGCCUAGGGAGGGCGCCACGGCUUAAGGCGCUGACCAAAAUCACAGGAAGGGGUUCCGAAGCGGUGUGUGUGUGUGUAUGUAGCUAUGUAUCCAUAAGAGCAAGAGCUUGGGUUGGGAUUAACCAAACGACCUAGUAAGUUAUGCGAACGUUUGGAGAGGGAAGGGCGUCUUCUUAUUGGUUUUUAAUGCGUGCCGGCAUCCUGUGCUCCCUUGCAUCGCAUUGUGUUGUUGAUCUACCUUGCCGCCUGAUUGAGACAUUGAGAGAAGAAAACACAUGUCUGCAUCUUGCGUGCACUGUGUGAUGUAUGCUGUUGCGGUGUCACGCAAUGCCGCUCUACAGCACUGUUACCCUCGUGCUAAGAGAGAGCUCGUGAAGUCUACAUGGUUUCUGAAAAACGCGGGAGUAUCGUACUGCGCGAGUCGAGGCAUGGCGUUGCUUAGUUCUGAAGCGUUUACUUCGAAGCCAAUUUCAAGCAUUUGCUGUAUCAUAAUGUCAACCCUGAUGAUCUCCAUAGCUCUGUGGAUUGAGGCGGAAAGACCACAUCAGAGUUUCCCUUCACGCCGUUGAAGAUGAGUUAGCACUGCCUUGGGAUGGGUUGGGAAAGUUGGGUAAAGCAUUCGUGAGGAGGGGAUAUGCCUGGGGAGGGUGUGUACUGCCGUAACGGCAAGUGUAAACCUCGGCUGCAUCGUCCGAUUGUCCCUUGUAACGGAUUUCUAAUUUC